GCGAAAAUGGGCAACAAAAACUCCUGCUGUGCUUAUUCGAGCCCCCAAUCCGAACACAAAUCUAAAGAUAUACCACCCGUCUACGAGGAGCGUCACCAUGUGCAUAGCAGCCACCAUAUCUCAUCAUCGCAGCACCAGUUAGAUGGUCAUAUUUCUGCUUCCACGGCGGCUAUACAUCACAGUGCUGGUACACUGGACAAUCCGCACAAUUUGCAGCAUAUUUCAGAGCGCGAAGCGCUCGAAGGUGAGGAUGAUCCUUCCGUCGAUCCGACCGCUGCCACCAUGUUUCUUGAGCGUUCGAAAGUGGAAAACGGUGGCAUUUCACGCAAGCGUUCACAACAUCAAAUCGCCCAACAGGCGGCGAAUUCAACUGGCGGUGGGCUGAAGAAGAGUUCAUCGUGCUCCACCAUCUAUUUGGAUGACAGUACUGUAUCGCAACCAAAUCUCAAAAAUACAGUGAAGUGUGUGUCACUCGCUAUUUACUAUCACAUUAAGAAUCGACAAUCAGAUCGUCGGCUGGACAUUUUCGAUGAAAAGUUGCAUCCGCUAACGCACGAUUCCGUGCCCGAUGACUAUGAUUCGCAUAAUCCAGAGCACAGGCAGAUCUACAAAUUCGUACGCACUCUAUUCAAUGCGGCUCAACUGACUGCUGAAUGUGCCAUUAUAACGCUAGUCUAUCUCGAGCGUUUGCUUACUUACGCGGAAUUGGAUUUGGCACCUUGCAACUGGAAACGUAUGGUACUGGGUGCCAUACUGCUCGCCUCCAAGGUAUGGGACGAUCAAGCCGUCUGGAAUGUGGAUUAUUGUCAAAUAUUAAAAGACAUCACUGUGGAGGAUAUGAACGAACUAGAACGUCAAUUCCUUGAAUUGCUACAAUUCAAUAUCAAUGUACCCUCAUCCGUCUACGCCAAAUAUUACUUUGACUUACGCACGCUCGCCGAGGCGAACGAUUUGUCCUUCCCAACGGAGCCACUCUCCAAGGAGCGCGCCCAGAAGUUGGAGGCAAUGUCGCGUGUAAUGCAGGACAAAGUGACUGCCGAAGCUUUGAAGAAUGGCAUGAAGAAGUGGUCCUCAAUGGACAACAUUAGCCAAGGCGGUCCGCGACGUUCUGUGGCUAUACUUUCGUGAUUUUCAUUAGUUUAUUAGAGCACAUGCGUGAAAAAUUAGAAAUUUUGAUUAUCGAAUAAUUAAUUAUACGCACACCUUUAUGAAAAUUCAUAAUUCUACAUGCGCAUGGGAAACGCCAAUACAUUAUUUUUCGUAAAAAAAAAAUAUAUACAAGCACUUUUGUAAAAAGAUACGCGCGCCGUGUAAGCGAAGCAGUGCUUUAGUAGUAUAGAGACUACCCGCUCGCUUACGGUAGAAUGAGUGCAAUUUUACAACAUCUCUCACGCAUCAUUCAUACAUGGAAAAUGUAAUUUAUGUAUGUCAUACUUCCCAUUAGAAUGCAAUCAGCGGCAAAAUGCGCGCAACAUUUCCGUUUAUCCAGUGAUUGUUUUAUGCUUCGCUGUUCGUCUAACAACUUUAUUUAAAAUAAUAUCCAAUCAAUCACAUACAAAACUUUUGACUGAAAAUAUCAAAAAAUUAAGCCAAUGAUUUUGGCUUGACGGGGAAGGGUACGCAGAUGAGUCUUAUCUGAUCUGUUGCUGCAAAUUUUUGUAGCUGGUUGCAUUUAGCUAAAAAUUAAAGGAAUUAUCCUUUUUAAUGAGAUUGAUUUUCAAAACCUAGUUUAAGAGUCGUAUGAAAUUGAACGCCUAUGAUAUUCGAAACCUUAGAAAGUAAGUGGUUUUGUGAACAGGGUGCGCGUACGAAAUGUUGAUGUGGCUAUAAAUACAAAGCUUUAUUUUAGCUGAAAAUAUCAAUUAUGGCUUGGAUUACCGUCAUGCAAUCCGUCGAUUUACGAGUGCACGUUGACACAUCUCCAAUAGCCCUAUAGUAGCCAUUUUCAAGAAAUUAUAUAUUUGUGAAGCUCGAAUUGUGCAAACUUAAGCGCUAAAGACCAUUUUAAGUAGCUUUUAAAUAGAUGUUUACCCGUCAUGUAAAAAGAGACGAACAAAGAGGUGCAAAAAUUAGUAGAAUAUUUGGAUUUUAAAAAGAAAAUAUCAGUGGCCAAAAAACCGUUAAUAAACAUGAAAUAGGAUAUGGUAUGAAUGAACUGUAUGCUUUAAAAAGCUUAAUAAGACUCCAAAGUAUGCAAAUAUUUUUAAUACUAAGUAAAAUUUACGAAAACAAUUUUCAACGCAAUGGGUUAAUUUUUUUUAUUUUAAUCUAGAAUACUUUUCUGUGCUAUUGAAAACAAGCUGUAGUGGGUUAGGCGUGUAAAAUGGACUAAGGAAUUGCGUUAAGCUCUUUUUUUCUAUUAUUACUAUUUUUUAUAUCAAAGCCAAAACUUGAAUUUCUUUGACUUAGACUAAUUUAAGUCGUCACCUUUCGCUGCUAUACUACUUAAAAUAAAAAAGAUGUGUAUAUUUUUUGUAUAAAAAUAAUUUUGUGAUCAUAAUAUGUUUUACAGCAGUUUUCACAUAAAAUAGUCUUUUGAAAAUUGAGCUUUCGACAUCGUACAUAUUUGAAUAUUUCUAGUAACUAAAAACGAAUUAUUUGCUUUAGGUGAGCAUAAAUAUAUAUAUUAGGCUUAGUUUAAUACUAAAAUUGAAAAGUAACGAACAACAUCAAAAUAAAAAUACUUAAAACUUUUUAGAUUCUAAGACUAUUGCAAAAUAUCUACUAAGUAAGGUCUACUUCUAUAUUUAUAAUAACGACCGAACGCAAGCGCAGAAAUUAGCGAAAAUUAAACAAUGAGAAAUGAAUAAAGCGAUAAAAAUAACCAAAAACGUAUAAUUUUUAGUAGAGCGUGUCGUUAGAGAUGUGCGACAUUUGUAAAAUUAUUCUUAAUAAAAAUCGAUGACGUAAAGCGAAUUACACAAGCAAAAUAAA